AUGGGAAACCUUGUAUCACUACCAAAAUCUCGUGAUGGAAAUUACAUGCACAUGGGUGAGAAAAAUCUCGAGGCUCUACAGACAGCUUUGAAAGAACUCAAAGAGAAACGAGAGGAUGUGCUAAGAAGAGUUGUCACAGAAGAAGAUGGAGGUUUGCAACGGCUUUCUAAAGUCCAUGCAUGGUUAGCUCAAGUCAACGAUCUUCUUGAGGCUAGAUCAACUCAAACUAAACGAUUUGGUCUUCUUGGAUAUGGUAGAAAGAUAUCAAAGAAUUUGGAGAAAAUUAAACGACUAAUAUCUAAUGGAGUUUUUGAUGUGGUGGCGGGAAAAAUCCAUGCAAGUAAGGUUGAAAAGAAGCAUAUCCAAACAACUGUUGGUAUGGAUAAAAAGGUCAAAAAGGCAUGGAACAGCCUCAUGGAGGAUGGACCAAGGACUUUGGGUCUUCAUGGCAUUGGAGGAAUAGGCAAAACCACCCUCUUAGCUCAUAUUAACAAUAAGUUUCUUGAACCAUCGGAUAAGUUUGAUGUUGUGCUGUGGGUUUUGGUCUCUAGAGAUUUUCAUUACAAAGGCAUUCAAGAUCAGAUUUUAAGAAGACUGGAUCUUGACAAGAAAUGGGGACAAGAAACAGAAGAGGAGAGAGCUUAUGAGAUACACAAAAUCCUAAGUGGGAAGAAAUUUGUGUUGUUGUUGGAUGAUCUAUGGAGCAAAGUAGAUCUGAACAAGGUAGGAGUUCCACCUGUAACUCAACAAAAUGGAUCCAAAAUAGUUUUCACAACUCGUUACAAGAAAGUUUGCAAAGACAUGGAGGCUGAUGCUGUGAUGGAAGUUGUUCGUUUGUCAAUAGAUGAAUCUUGGGAACUGUUUCAAAAACAGCUUGAUGCAUUCACAAUAAGGUUCCAUCCGGAUAUGGCGCUUGCAAGAAGAGUUUCUGUUUUAUGUUACGGCUUGCCACUUGCACUCAAAGUCAUUGGCCAAUCUAUGAAUCGUAAAAUGAAUGCUCGAGCUUGGAAUCUAGCUAUCCAUGCUCUCCCUUUGUCUGGCCAUGAGUUUUAUUCACGUCCGCAAGAAAACAUUCUUCGUCUUUUGAAGGUCAGUUAUGAUAAUUUAGAGGAUGGAAAUGUCAAAUCAUGCUUCCUAUAUUGUUUGUUGUUUCCUCAAGAUUACGAUAUAGAGGCGAAUGAGUUGAUAGAAUAUUGGAUAUGCCAAGGGUUUAUAGAAGAUGGAGAUACAAAGAAAGGGUAUGAAAUAAUUGAGUUGUUAGUUCGUAUGCAUUUAUUGAUGCAAGGUGAAGUCAAAACGAAAGUGAGAAUGCAUGAUGUGGUACGUGAGAUGGCUCUUUGGGUUGCGACUCACUUUGGACAUGAUGAACCAAUACUUUGUGUGAAAUCCGGAGUUUGGCUACACGAGAUACCCGAGAACAUCCAUUUGAGGGUUGUAGAAAGGAUUUCUUUAAUGAGGAAUGAGAUUAAAGAGUUAUCUUGCAGUUUCUUGUGUCCCAAGCUUUCAACCUUAUUACUCCAAAACAACAAGUUGGUGGAUAUUUCAGGUGAAUUCUUUAGGUUUAUGCCGGCGCUUGUGGUCUUGAAUCUUUCGAACAACGAAGGUCUUAUCGGAUUGCCGGAAGAAAUUUCUAACUUAGGCUCCUUGCAAUACCUCAACUUGUCAGAGACAGGGAUAAAAUCAUUACCGGUUGGUGUGAAGAAGUUGAGGAGACUCAUCAACUUGAAUCUGAGUUUUACUCGGAAACUCCAAAGCAGUGGUGGGAUAACAACAAGCUUCCCAAACCUUCAAGUGUUGAGACUCUUUGACUCUGGUGCUUGUGUUGAUGACGUGCUGAUGAAAGAGCUACAACUCUUGGAGCACUUGAAGAUUUUAACAGCAACUUUUGAUGAUGCUGUGAUGUUGGAAAGUAUACAAGGAAUUGUCCGACUGUCGAGUAUUAUACAGUCUUUAUGUCUUAGAAACAUGUCAGCAGUGGUUGUGACAUUAAACACGGUAGCUCUGAGUGGUCUUGAAAUACUCUCAAUUAUGAACUGCAAAGUCUCGGAGAUAAAGAUAGAUUGGAAAAAUACAGAAAGCGAUGGAAUUUCUCCAUGUGCAAAUCCUCGGGGAUUCAAGAAACUAUACGGUGUUCGUAUAAGAAAUCUGGAAGGUCCAAGGGAUUUGACAUGGCUGCUAUUUGCUCAACACCUCAUGUAUCUAGUUGGGGAGGAGUCAUCAAGCAUAGAAGAGAUAAUCAAUGGAGAGAAAGAGAUGGGUAUUGAGAAUGAGUAUCCACAUAUCGUUGCACCGUUCAAGAGGUUUAACCAUCUUAAAGCAAGUGAAGUGAAUGAAAUAAAGAGAACCUUGCAUCUAGAGGUUGCUACACCGUUUGAGAAGGUGGAUCACCUUAAAGUAAGUGGUAUGAACGAGUUAAAGACGAUAUGCUCGAAACCUAAGGAUCUUCUUCCAAACCUGAGAGAAUUUAUUGUCCAACGCUGCCCCAAGAUGCCACUGAGUUUGAGAAACAAUCGGAGGAAUGGGUGGAAAGCUUUAGAAUGA